UCACUUUUACAGUCUGAAUCGUUUGUGCAACACGCUGCUCCUGUAGAGCAACAAAGGCUCCAGAGGACCUACUCUACAAAACUCACAUCAUUUAAUUGCAUUUUUUUAAUCGCAAAAGGAGGCGCACUGAUUGUUUUUUUUCAAGAAUGCAUGCGAUUGCGUUUUCUGCGUGCGUCCUGAUCAUAUCCCUGCUGGAUCAAGUGACUGGACAGCCCAUAGUGGGUAAAUAUGGGGAAACUGUUGUGGUGCCUUGCAACAAAGGAAGCAUCAAACAAGAGGACAUCAUAUUAACUAAGUGGAAAUAUACCGAAGUGGACAGCACCACCGGCGAUCUUCUGACAUUGAAGGCCCAGGGUGUCACAAUACAGCCAAUUGCGGAGUACCAGGGCAGAGUCAACAUAACUAAAGACCUCAGCCUGGAAAUUCUUCAGGCAAAAAUAACUGAUCAGAAGACCUUUACCUGUAUGGUUGUGACAGCUGCAGACAUAUUUGAAUAUCCGGUUCAAGUGACCAUUCAGAAGGCCCCUUCUCAACCCACAAUCACAAAUCAAGCCAAAGUGAUGCAGCUCGGCAAGCUAAUGACGCUGGCAGAAUGUUCUACUAAGGAUGCCAUCCCACCUGCCAAAAUCAUCUGGCUGAAGGACAAUGUUGAACUCAAUUUAGAUGGAAAAGUGGGUAAUAUCACAAGUUCUGAGCAGAAAGACAAACAAACCGGGUUUACAAGUUCGUCCUCCAAGCUCGAAUACGCAGCUACAAAGGAAGAUGCGAAUGCUAAGUUCACUUGUGCGGUCCAUCAUAAGAGUCUUGCCUCGGACCUUGUGUCUGCUCCUAUGACCUUCGCCGUCCACUACCCCAGUGAAAAGGUCAGCCUCCAGGUCGUGUCUGCAGUCCCGAUAAAGGAGGGAGACAAUGUGACCCUGAAAUGUGCGGCUGAUGGGAACCCCCCUCCGACUAGCUACAACUUUUAUAUCAAGGGGAAAAAGGUGACCAAAGAGAACUCGGACAGUUACACAAUCACCGGCGUUACCCAGGCCGACAGCGGUGAAUACAAGUGCUCCCUGGUGGACAACGAAACGAAGAUGGGCUCUACCAGUUUUACUGUUAUGUACCUGGAUAUCACCAGCAUCACCCAAGGAAAGAUUGCUAAGCGUUUAUCUGAGAGCUUUGAGGCAACAUUAGUGGUGAACUCCUCUGACAGUGUGCAGGUCUCAUGGACAAAGAACAACGUCAAACUGGAUGCAAAACCCAAGUUUGACAAGCUGAAGUACUCAGACUCUGGAUUGUACGAGUGUGUGGUGUCCAUGGCUGGAAUUGUCAAAAAAGCAUCAUUUGAACUGAGUGUCCAAGGUGCUCCGGUUAUCACUAAGCUGACUAAGCAUCCUAAGAACGGAGGCAAACUUCUGAGCUGCAAGGCUGAAGGUUCACCCAAACCCACCGUGCAGUGGAGCAUCAACGGCACUAGUACCACUGAGAGUUCCUUUGUGGGCGGAACAGUCACCUUCAAUCUCACAGUGAACCAAGCAGGCAAUCAGACAAUCAACUGCACGGUUUCUAAUGAGCUGGGCUUCGACACAAAGAGCAUUUACAUAUCCACACUGUUGGAUGACACAACAACGGACAAAAGGGAGCAAACAGAAGACUCUAAAAAUCAGACACAAGUAGUAGUAGGUGUCGUCAUAGGUCUGAUCGUGGCUGCUACUCUUCUUGGUCUGGCCUACUGGUUCUACAUGAAGAGAACAAGGCAAGGCACCUGGAAAACUGGAGAAAAAGAGAAUGGCACAAUGGAGGAAAGCAAAAAAUUGGAGGAAACGCAAAGUCAAAAAGCUGAUGUGUAAAACCAAAGAAUAUUUCCAGAGUAAGAACAAGAGGUGGCAGUAUUGUAGCAAACUACAGAAGCGUUUGGGAAACUGCUAGAAGGCCAUCUUAUUAGGUUGAACCAUUAUCUGAUCCAGUGUGUAUAGUGUAUAUCAGCAUCCUCCUUACAAAUGGGAGAAUUCCGAAACGAUGUGUGUUGUAUAAUUGUGAAUCUCCUGCACAGAGGAUUACCUGUGGAACGAACAUGUUCAAAACCGAAAUGCUAAUUACGUUGCUGUUUAAUAUUUGGAACGUUUUAUUUGCCUUUUUUUGUUUGUUAAACACAAAUUUAUUUUAUUCAGGUCUUACUGUGACUCCAUAUGUGUUUUGGAAUAAGAGCUGUGCCAUUCUGUUUGUUCUGAGUGUUGUUGUUUUUUUCCAUUUAUGCUUAAAGUAUAGUACUCGUGCUGUGAGUACGGUAACAGAUUUCCUUUGCAGUUCAUUGAGCACUUGGUUAUUUUCAUCAAGAUGUGAUUGUGAUUCUCAAAUAAACCAUUUUGGAAGGUAAAAUAAGCUUGCAUGUGCAUUUCCCGUGUCCAGAUUUCCUUGGCAUGAGAAAAAAAAAAAAAAAAAACAGUUAAACCAUAUACUAACUAUUACAUUUUAAAAUCUACUUUUUUUGUAGGAUUUCUACUAAAUUAUAUGACGUAAUAAGCUAAUUUUGAGAAGUUCCUUUUGCCAUUGACUGCAAAAUACUAUAUUAUCCAUAUCUACAUUACUGGUAUUUCCUAUAAUAUGCUUUUUUUUGUUUGUUUGUUUUUUUACCUUAAUACUGUUUUAUUUGAAUUCAGCCCCUUAUUUUAUUUUGUUAAUUUACUCUGAUUUAGACAUGUUUUAUUAAUUUUAUGUGUAAGAGAGGAUUUCAGUUAGCAGUGUACAACAGUGUAUUUUCCCAUAAAAUACUAUCUUGAUAUCACAACUCUGCUAAUGUAAGAAUAUGGGGAAAAAAAGGCCUUAAAAACACCCAAUGCCAAAAUUCUUUCAUCAGUACCAGUAAUUCACUUGUAGUCUUCAAGGUGUUAAACUUCACACAAUUCGACAUGUUUAGGUAGUUAAUGGGAAAAUGACAGAUUUGCUCAACUCUGAGAAGUGAAUCACAGUCUAACCCUGUAUUUAUAGUGCGUUCUUUCACAAAUAAUCCAAUCUGCUACAGAUGCAUUCGAUCCAUACUAGUUCUCCGUUGUGUUUAAAUCAUACUUGAUCAGCAGAUAUCAAAUGUUCACAUAAGACUUUCUGCUUGCUUUUCUUCUGCUUUGUAUAUUGUAUAUGCUUUAUAAGAAUGAUUCUGCUACAGUUUUUUUUUCUCCCUUUUGCAUUUAAUUCAUGGUUGAGACCAAAGAGGGUAGCUGUUUAAGUAUUGUAAAUAAGUUUUUUCCUGUUUGCCAUUUUUGCUUAAAUAAAGUGUACAUUUUAGAAAAAAAAAA